UGAAUUUUAUAAAGUAAAUAUAAAAGGAAAAAUUUUGAACUCUAUUUUGGGACGAAAUUCUGAAAACUUAUGCGGGUAACCUUCUGCCAUUAAAAUCAUUCUCUUUCUUUGAACAAUGAAUCAACUUUUCAGAUCUUCCUCGAUCUUUCCCACAUCUGCAAAACUUCAUCAUAAUUUAUCUUUUCAUUCCCUUGCAUCUCUAAUUUUUUCAAACCCCACCAAGAAAUUCUCCCCCAAUUCCUCAAUCCCCUUAUUAAAUGAUCAAAUUAGACCAUUUGCAACCAUAAAUUCAUCGAAAGAUGCAUCUGAACCAAUUGAUGCAGGUUCUUCUAUUCGUAAACCACUAAGUUUGUGGCCAGGGGUGUACCAUUCCCCUGUAACAAAUGCAUUGUGGGAAGCAAGAUCCCAAUAUUUUGAAAAGGUUAAUGUUGAGAUUGGAAGUGAGAGGAUUUCACAAGAUGGGUUGAUGUCAAAAACCCCAUCUCAGAGUAGAACUAGUAUCGAGUAUAAAUUUUCAUCAGAUUAUGUGUUGAGAGAACAGUAUAGGAAUCCAUGGAAUGAGAUUAGAACCGGCAAAUUAGUCGAGGAUCUUGAUGCUCUUGCUGGGACUAUUUCUUAUAAGCACUGUGCCAACUCUGGUGGUAUUACAAGACCCAUAAUUUUGGUAACUGCUUCUGUAGAUAAGAUUCUUCUCAAAAAGCCAAUUCUUGUUGAUGUUGAUUUGAGUAUAAAUGGUGCAGUUACAUGGGUUGGGAGGUCAUCUAUGGAGAUGCAGCUUCAAGUUUUGCAACACUCUCAAGAUGCUUCUCAAAAGGCAGAUCCAUUAGCUCUUGUGGCAAACUUUACAUUUGUUGCACGAGAUGCUGAGACAGGAAAAUCCGCUCCAAUAAAUCAAAUUUCCCCAGAAACUGAACAAGAAAAAUUGCUGUGGGAACAAGCUGAAUCAAGGAACCAGAUGCAGAAACUAAGGAGAGUGGAACAAAAAAGCAAAAUUGACCACCAUGAUCCAAACAGGAUUGAUGAACUUUUGGCUGAAGGGCGAAUUUUUGUUGACCUGCCAGCUUUGUCUGAUAGAGACAGUAUUCUUAUAAGAGAUACUUGCCUGCAGAGCUCCCUAAUUUGUCAUCCACAGCAAAGAAACAUUCAUGGUCGUAUCUUUGGUGGGUAUCUCAUGCGCAAAGCAUUCGAACUUGCCUUUGCAACAGCUUAUACCUUUGCUGGAGCCUCCCCGCGUUUUCUGGAAGUGGAUCAUGUUGACUUUGUCAAACCUGUGGAUGUCGGUAAUUUUCUUCGUAUGAAGUCCUGUGUACUGUACACUGAGCUUCAGAACCCAGCUCGUCCACUUAUCAAUAUUGAAGUAGUUGCUCAUGUUACACGUCCUGAGCUCCGAACCAGUGAGGUUUCAAAUAAAUUCUACUUUACGUUCACUGUCAGUCCUGAGGCUACGAAAAAUGGGCUGAGAAUACGAAGCGUUUUUCCUGCUACAGAGGAGGAAGCAAGGCGAGUAAUUGAGCGUAUGGAUGCAGAAGAUUCGCAUGACAAUUAGUGAUGCUUCAAGCUACUGAUUCUAACUUAAACUUGGAACUUUCUUACUGGGAGGGAUGAACUUUUAUUUGAUUUGGAAAGUGAGUGAACAUUUAAAAAUUGUAACCAAGGUAAAUGUUUGGCCUAACUUCUGAAAAAAAAAAUCAUCUUUUUUUAUAAAUUGUGACGAAGGUGAAUUAUUUUUAGGUUUUUUAUUGGGGAAUUUUUUUUUUGAAGCUUGGCCAAACAAUUAUUAACAAUUGUGUUUUCAUUUCAAUAUUUGAAAAGCUAAUCAACUUAUCAAUAAAUUGAAUCUAUAACAUCAUUUCAAUGUUGA